AUGCGAAGGUUGAAUAUGGAUUGGAAUGCAGCUGGGAGAAAUAGGCUAAUGCAAUUGAAUGAACUUGAUGAGUUUAGGAAUGAAGCCUACGAGAAAGCUAAGAUUUACAAGGAACGCACCAAGAGAUGGCAUGAUAAGAACUUGUCUCGAAAAGAAUUUCAACCCGGUCAGCAGGUAUUAUUGUUCAAUUCACGGUCGAAACUUUUUCCAGGAAAAUUGAAAUCAAGAUGGUCGGGUCCGUACACAGAAGUAACAGUGUUUCCUUAUGGGUCGUUGGAGUUAAAAAACCGAAAUAAUGAAACAUUCAAGGUGAAUUGUCAACGAGUGAAGCCAUAUUUGGGUGAUCCUAUUGAUCAAGCCAAGUCCAUUAUUUUGUUAAAGCCUCUCUGA